AUUACAGAGGAAGCAGUUAAGACACUGAGAAAAAAAGUGGAAUUCAUACAUAACUAGGAAUGUUACAUAAGGGCACUUUAGUGUAGGUCUGCCUGUGCAAGUGCCAGUGAUCACAGACUGAUAAGAACCUGGUACAAGCACUCAGGGAGCCAGCUUACAAAGACAGAAAGAGGGGAAAAAGAAACACGUUUUAAAGCAGCUGACGCACUCAGACUCCAGCUGGGAAUUCAUUGUUUCUGAGAGCCCACCUAGAGACUCCUGCUAUUGCGUUCAGUAGUUGGAGACGACUUAGGCUGCAGAUCGCAAGAAAUCAAGAGGAAACAAUGCAGCACUGUUCCUGGCCAGGAUCAUGCAAGGAGGAGAUAAUGACAGUCUGACAAGGAAGUAAAUACGGUGACUGCGGGUUUGAUAAUCAGGAAGAACAGGACCGUUAAAGCUGGGAUUUAUGAAGCUCACCAGCAAAUCAGCAGUGAACGUUUGACACAACCAGCUGAAGGCAAGACCUCUGAAGGAAGAGCUGUACGAGCCUCGUUGGAGUUUUAUUUUUAUUUUAAAAGUAAAUUUUGGUCCCUGGUUCUUGAUUUUCUCGAGGAACAUUUUGACAGCGUCACUAAUGUCUGAGGAGAAAGACAUGUCCUACAGCGACGCCAUUCAGAAGGCCAGCUCCUCUAUCACCCGCUUCCCUCUCAUCCCAGUCAGAGGAGUGCCUCUCAUGUGCCACAUUGCCAACAACUGGGACACCAUCUGGGAUUUUUGUCCUGACCCAUCGGACCUCCUCAUUGCCACCUACCCCAAAGCAGGGACUACGUGGACCCAGGAGAUAGUUGAUCUGCUUCUUCACAAUGGAGAUGCUGAGGCCUGCAAACGAGCCCCCACACCUGUCCGCAGUCCUUUCCUAGAGAUCUUCUCCCCACCUCCCAUCCCCUCAGGUCUUGAUCUUCUGAAGAAAAUGGAUCCCCCGAGAGUCAUCAAGACACAUCUUCCUUUUCAGCUGGUGCCUCCUGGAUUCUGGGAAAAUAAAUGCAAGGCGAUCUACGUUGCACGCAAUGCCAAAGACAACCUGGUGAGCUACUACUACUUUGAUCUUAUGAAUCAGACCCAGCCUGAGCCAGGGCCCUUUGACAGCUACAUCCACAAGUUUAUGCAAGGAGAGCUGUCAUGGGGCUCCUGGUAUGAUCAUGUGAAAGGUUACUGGCUGGAGCGAGAAAAGAAGAAUAUUCUGUACCUCUUCUAUGAGGACAUGAAAGAGAAUCCUCGGCGUGAAGUGGAGCGCAUUAUGAGGUACCUGGACUUGUCGGUGUCCGAUGAGGUCAUCAGCCAAAUUGUGGAGCUCACCACUUUCAAGAACAUGAAAGAGAACCCGAUGGCCAACUACUCCUGCAUUCCAUCUCCUGUGUUUGAUCAGUCUAUCUCUCCUUUCAUGAGAAAAGGUGAAGUGGGAGACUGGAAAAACCAUUUCACACCUGAGCAAUCAAAGAUAUUUGAUGAAGACUAUGAAAAGCAGAUGAAGGACGUCAACAUACCGUUCAGGACCCUCAUCUAAAGGAUUUCGUUUCUGGAAUUCGCUCUGCAAGCCAAAGACUGAAGAAUGAAGCUGAGCAGCACUUAGAUGGCAGAAACUCUAAGAAAAAAAAUGUGAUGGGCUAAAAAACCAAAAUAAUUUGACUCAUGUUUAAUAUAUCUGGAUGUUAAACACUGUAAUAACCCAUCCUUGUGAUGCAUC